AUGUCGUCCUCCAACCCGUCCAAGCCGUCCAAACCGCCCGUUAUGAAACUCAAAUUCGGCGCACCCAAGCCCGAAGCUUCCACUCCUUCGCCCGCCACACCCAGCGGCAGUGGCCUCAAGCUCAGCUUCAAGCCCAAGUCCAAUGCGAACACACCCGUCUCGGAAACCGCUCCGAAGCUGCCGGCCCCUGCUGGACAGGCUUCGCCGGAGCAGCAGAAGAAGCGCAAGAACCCCAAGAAGGAGAAGGCCGGUGCGGGCCCCAGCGCCGCCUCCGCAGCGGGCCCUGCCGCCGCCUCCAAGCCGGCGAAAAAGCGCGCGCGCGAAGAUGACGGCGGAGGCGCAGCCCUGUCGAAGAAAUCGAAGCCUACGCUGUCCCUCAAGACGUCCGGAACCCACGCGCCACCUGCCCACGGGCGGACUCAUUCGAUCUCCCUCAAACUAAAGUCAGCCGCCCCGAAGACGCCCACGGUUCAGAGGAUCAAGGUGAAGCAUGUGGGCAAGAUACCGAAGCGCGAGUAUGGUGUGGGAUACGACAGCGAGGCGGACGACGCGGAGCCCGACCCAGUAAUCGAGUCGCAGUUCGUUCUACGUAUGGCGCCUGGUCCCGAUUGCGAUUACAUGCAGAAGGCGAUUGCCGAGAAGAGGGUAGGCUUGUCUCCAAAGGAGGGCGGCGCCGACAUUCACUUCCGCUUCUUCGACCGGGAUGGCCGACGCUCCUGCAUCACGAUCCAAGGCCACCACUAUGCGGCAUGCAUGGUGGACCUCCCGUGCAUCAUCGAAGGCAUGAAGAGCUGGGAGAAGAAGAGCGGCUGGUACAAGACGGCGGACAUAUGCCAGAUGCUUCUCGUCCACACCAAGGUCGACACCCCGGAGCAGGCCAAGGACGCCGCGCUGCCCAAAGAAGUCGACGACAAGACAUGGCAGUACCCCCACGGCCUGACGCCGCCGAUGCACUACGUCCGCAAGCGCCGCUUCCGCAAGCGCGUCAGCACCCGCACCAUCGAAGCCGUCGAGGAGGAGGUCGAGCGCCUGCUCGAGGCGGACGACAAGGCGUCCAAGGCGGGCGGCAGCGCCUCGUACGACCUCAUCGACCCGAACCGCCAGGAGCGCGACGAGGCCGGGUCGAUGGUCGGCGACGAGGACAUGGCCGACGCCAUGGACGCCGAGGGCUACCUCGACGCCGAGGGCGAGGAGGAGGUCGACGCCGAGGAGAUGGAGCGCAUGCUCGCCAUGUCCAUGGACGAGGACCAGCCCAUCACCAGCAUCGAGGGCCCCACGCCCGGCAGCGCCUUCGACGCCCACGCCGUCGCCCAGCACGCGCUCAACUCGUCGGCGGGAGGCGGCGAGCUGUCGGCCAUCACCAUCGCAUCCGGCGGCGGCGGCGGCAACGCCAUGGUCGUCGGCUCGCCCGUCGCCGAGACGCCCGGCGCCACGCCCGGCGCGUCGGCCUCGGCCGAGCCGGAGACGGAGCAGGACGAGGAGGACGACGACGAGGAUGACGACGACGACGACGACAUCGACGAGGCGGCGCAGCAGGCGCAGGAGAUGAAGGCGCAGCUGCGCGAGGAGGUGGCGGACCUCCAGCGCGAGGUCGAGAGCGCGCGCCAGCAGAUGGAGCGCCAGAACAAUCCGUUGCUGAAGCAGAGGCUGGCGGCCAAGUUCAGGAGCUUGCAGAGCGACCUGGAACUGAAGAAGGCGAGCUUGGGCGACGAUGAUGAUGAGGAGUAA